ACGUCCUGAAGAACAUGAACCACACAGAUCUCGCUAAUACACUGCACAACAAACUCGCCCCUGUGUAUCAGACAAAGUUGAAGUCCAAUCUGAGAAAGAAGUUUAAAAGAAUUAAUGAAGGAAUCACACAGCAUGGAAACUCAGAGCUUCUGAAUGAGAUCUACACUGAGCUCUACAUCACAGAGGGUUGGAGUGGAGACGUCAAUAAUGAACAUGAGGUGAGACAGAUUGAGGCAGCGUCCAGGAGACCAGCAACCCAGGAGAAACCCAUCAAAUGUAAUGAGAUCUUUAAAGACAAGUCCAUCAGAACUGUGCUGACUAAAGGAGUUGCUGGAAUUGGAAAAACUGUCUCUGUGCAGAAGUUCAUUCUGGAUUGGGCUGAAGGAGAAGUAAAUCAGGAUGUCACCUUCGUGUUCCCACUUCCCUUUAGAGAGCUGAAUCUGAUGAAGCAGCAAAAUCUCAGUCUGAUGAAACUUCUUCAUCACUUUUUCCCAGAAAUAAGAAAACUAGAAUCAAUAGACUGUGACUCCUACAAAGUGGUGUUGAUCUUUGAUGGUCUGGAUGAGUGUCGACUUCCUCUAAAUUUCCAGAAGAAUGAGAGAUUGUGUGAUGUGACAGAGUCAGCCUCAGUGGAUGUGCUGCUGACGAACCUCAUCAAGGGGAAUCUGCUUCCCUCUGCUCUCCUCUGGAUAACCACAAGACCAGGAGCAGCCAAUCAGAUCCCUCCUGGGUGUGUAGACCAGGUAACAGAGGUACGAGGCUUCAGUGAUCCUCAGAAAGUGGAGUACUUCAGGAAGAGGAUCAGUGAUCAGAGCCUGGCUGAUAACAUCAUCACUCACCUGAAGUCUUCAAGAAGCCUCUACAUCAUGUGCCACAUCCCAGUCUUCUGCUGGAUCUCAGCCACUGUUCUAGAGAGAAUGUUGGGUGGAGCAGAGGGUGGAGAGAUCCCCAAGACUCUGACUCAAAUGUACACACACUUCCUGAUCUUUCAGAUCAAACACAAGGACCAAAAGUACCAUCAGAAAUGUGACCCUGAACCUCAGCAGACCAGAAAGAGUAUCAUGGCACUGGGAAAACUGGCUUUCCACCAGCUGGAGAAAGGAAACCCGAUCUUCUAUGAGGAAGACCUGAGAGAGUGUGGCAUUGAUGUCAGAGAAGUGUCAGUGUACUCAGGAGUGUGUACCCAGAUCUUCAGAGAGGAGUUUGGGCUUCACCUGGGGAAGGUGUUCAGCUUCGUACAUCUGAGUGUUCAGGAGUUUCUGGCUGCUUUAUACACAUUUCUCUCAUUUAUUAGCAGAAAUGUAACAGAACAUCAAACCUCUGAUCUGUCUGAUCUUUUCAGGAAGUCAAACCUGUCUGAUCUCCUCAGGAGUGCAGUGGACAAGGCCUUACAGAGUGAGAAUGGACACCUGGACCUGUUCCUCCGCUUCCUUCUGGGUCUCUCACUGGAGACCAAUCAAACUCUUUUACGAGACUUAAUGCCACAGACAGGAAGCAGAUCUCACAGCAAACAGGAAACAGUGGAGUACAUCAAGGAUAAGAUCAGGGAGAAUCCAUCUCCAGAGAAAUCCAUCAAUCUGUUCCACUGUCUGAAUGAACUGAAUGAUGAUUCUCUAGUGCAGGAAGUACAAACUUACUUGAACAGUGAAGGUUACAGACGUCUCAGUGACACCAGACUCUCUCCUGCUCAGUGGUCAGCUCUGGUGUUUGUGUUACUGACCUCAGAACAGGAGCUGGAUGUGUUUAAUUUGAGGAAAUAUGAUCCAUCACAUGAAGGUCUUCUGAGGCUGCUGCCAGUGGUCAAAGCCUCCAGAAAAGCUGAGCUGUGUGGGUGUAAUCUGACAGAGGAAAGCUGUAGAGUUCUGUCCUCAGUUCUCAGCUCAAACUCCUCCAGUCUGAGAGAACUGAACCUGAGUGGCAAUGAACUGCUGCAGGAUUCAGGAGUGAAGCUGCUCUCUGAUGGACUGAAGAAUCCACACUGUACACUGGAGAAUCUGUGGCUGUGUGGGUGUAAUCUGACAGAGGAAAGCUGUAGAGUUCUGUCCUCAGUUCUCAGCUCAAACUCCUCCCGACUGAGAGAACUGGACCUGAGUCACAAUAAACUGCAGGAUUCAGGAGUGAAGCUGCUCUCUGAUGGGCUGAAGGAUCCACACUGUACACUGGAG